UUGAGUGAGAAAUACAGGUUAUGGAGGGAUAUUAGGAUUGAAAUGCGUUUAUUAUGAAAGUAACUCGCGUUGGCAAAAACUCAAUACAGCGGUCGGGUUGAUGUCUGGGCUGGACCUGACUUUCUUCCCUUGAACCCUUAUAGAAGUUCAUUAAUUCACCUUCUCUUCCUCCAUCUGCGCCGUCUCGCUUUGCAGUUGCUGGCCUUCCCCUGUUUGUCACUGAUGUGCCUUUUGCCAGUAGUCAGCGGGUUGACUUCACGGUGACAAUCCCAUGUCUAAAGUUGGGGUAAAACAGUUUCUCUGACUAACUCAGGGCAGGCGUGGAGAUUUUUUUCAGUUUGUAAGUAGAAGUUAAUUUUUUUAAUUUUUAGUUAGAGCUUGGUUAGAGUCUUUCCCCAAUAUAUAUUUUGGGAUCAAAUACCAACCAGGAAUGUCGAAGGAGAACGUUAGUGAGGCAUCUCAGUCCCAGUCUCAAUCCCAGUCACAUUCGCAGUCUCACUCACAGAGCGCCUCGUCCUCCAGUGCCACAGGAUCUAGCAGUCUCUCCUCCGCAGGCAGUGCCACGGUCAUUUUGGAUUCUGCUCCUUCUCAGGACCUCGCUCCAAUCCCAGAGGAGGAACCACUGACGCCGUGGGGACGGCUUUGGGCACUAGAAAGCGGAUUUUGGAAUCUGGAUUGCUUUCAAAAUGAGUACUGGUUUGGGAGGGAUCAAUUAUGCCAGUACAGUUUUGAUCAUCCAGCAUUGAAGAAGAAGGAAUAUUUCAAAUCAUACAGCAAGAGGCACUUCAGGAUAGUCAGAGAGGAAAUUCCUGGGAAUUCAUUUGUAGUGUUCAUUGAAGAUCACAGUUCGAAUGGGACCUUUCUAAAUGGGACGAUUAUUGGAAAGAGUCAGAGGUUACCACUGUGCAAUAAUGCAGAAAUAGCAAUUAAUCACCAAUCUCACAAAGUUUUUGUCUUUUCUGAUCUAACGACGGAUGACCUAAUCAACCUACCAAAAAAAUUCAGAGAUAAGUACAUCAUUUCAAAAGCUCUUGGCUCGGGUGUAUGUGGAGAGGUGAAGUUGGCAUUUGAGAAGACAACCUGCAAGAAAGUAGCUGUGAAGAUUGUGCAUAAACCAAAGUUUGCAAAACUUGUAACUGAGCGAGGAGAUGUAUCUUCUAAUGUUGCAACAGAGAUUGAAAUUCUAAAGAAGUUGGACCAUCCUUGUAUAAUCAAGAUUGAAGAGGUGUUUGAUUUUGAAGAUGCUUUCUACAUUGUACUGGAUUUGAUGGAAGGUGGAGAGCUUUUUGAUCGAGUGGCUCGCUCAAAAGGACUGAAAGAAGAAACGGCCAAAUUGCUCUUCUAUCAGAUGCUGCUUGCAGUCCAAUAUCUUCAUGACAAUAAUAUUACUCACAGAGAUCUUAAGCCUGAAAAUGUGUUGCUCAAAAGCAAUGAGGAGAACUGCCUUCUUAAGAUUACAGAUUUUGGUUUAUCAAAGAUCGUAGGAGAAGCCUCACUGAUGAAGACAUUAUGUGGAACACCCACCUAUCUAGCUCCUGAGGUGCUGUUGGGUGCUGGAGCAGGUUCCUAUUCUAAAGCAGUGGAUUGCUGGAGCCUUGGAGUUAUACUUUUCAUUUGCUUGGCUGGGUAUCCACCAUUUAGUGAUCAAAACAAGGAGAUGGCACUGAGGGAUCAAAUUAUAAAAGGUCACUACAAGCUAAUCCGUGACUGCUGGGUGAAUGUCUCUGAAACAGCAAAGGACUUGGUGAAGAAGCUGCUUGUUGUAGAUCCAGAAAAAAGACUCUCAACAGAAGAGGCACUUAAACACCCAUGGAUGCAGGAUGAAGAUAUGAAGAGAAAAGUAAAGCAGUUGAUGUAUCCACAAACUGAAUUAAUGUUACCACCAGGCACAGGUGAACAGCCAUCAACAAGUAGAAAAAGAGCACAUGCAGAGGAUGACCCCUUGCCUGCUAAACGUCCUACACAUUCUGCUCUGAACAAUAAGGCUGCUCAGGAGUAGGAAAAAGGGAGUGGAUAUAACGUAAUGUUCACCUUGCACGUGUGUGGAAACAAGAAACUGAUUCUACCUGAUCUAUUCUGGACACCAUCUAUUUCACACAAGAAUUUUUCUAAAUAAUGUUUUUUUUCUACCAGUGUAUCUUGAAAUGUUUGUCAUGUUUGAAAUUAAAUACUUCUAAAUAGUUUCAUACUAUUUUUGGAAGACUAUAAUGGAAGAUCACUUGCACUCCUGUCAAAAAAUUAUUUUACCUUUUAUACAUUUCCCUAAUAAAGGUAUUGAAAGGUUAAAUUCUCAAGGGAAUUUAAUGGUCUUAUUUGGUACAGAUAAGAUCGGCUAAAAAAGUUGAUGCUGAUUAACACAGGUUGAACUGGAAAAAAAAAGUGUUUGGAUAAGGUCUACUCAAUGGUUGAGGUGGGAAAAUUUCAAGAUGGAAUUAGGACAAAUGACCACUUUAAUCACUGCUGCUGGUAGUAAUUGAUGUGAAGCUGCCAAUUGACUGUGUGGGCUGGAUCCCAAAGAUUUGAUGUGCCACAGCAGCCUUUAGCCCUAGAAGCUGAAGGCAAAGGCACUUAUUUAUGGUGGAAACUGGAGGUUUCCUGUUUUUUUCCUCUUGAGAGCUGCCAUUUUGAUUGCAUUUUUGUAAAGUUGCCCUUGUAUUGUUUCCUUUGUGUUAGUACUGCAGUGUUUUAAAGGGGUGUACCAAUUUAAAGUUGUUUUGAGCCAUACAAAUUACUAGGAUCCUAAAUUAAAACACUUUGGUCCAAGUUAAACAGUUGAGGUAAACUGGUAGAGGAGAUGAAUGUCAUCUGCUUUUUUUUUAACGAAGAUUAAUCUCUGCUGGAGGAUGUAUAUGGAGCUUGGGUCAUGCUGGAUUAUUGCUAAUCUUUGAUGCUUGUUGUAGACAUGGUUUCAGCUCCUGCUGAGAUACUGGAAGUGUCCUGCACAAUAGGUAUAGAGUAGGUAAAUUGUGAAGUCUAUUGUAAAUAUAAUAUUUACAAGUGUGUAAAUUCUGCUCCUGGUGCCAAACAACAACUUAAACAGAUUGGAGGUAUUGUAUUUCCUUAUUCCUGUAUAUUGUUAGCAUAUCCUUGGCGCUCCAUCACCUGAAUGAUCAUGCAAGCUUGCCUGUAACUUUGUAAAGUAGCAGGACCAUUUUGAGGCUACAUUUACACAAAAUGGUGCCUUCUCAUUUUUUAAGUAUGUGAAAUUGUUUUGAAAUUAAUACGGUAUGAUUGAACACCAAUCUCAGGACCAGUUUUGAUCUGAGAUAUGGCAUUGAAAUUCCACCUGCAGUGUUAUAUAAUCUUUUGUUUUGAUACCAUUUAUGUUUAAGAUAUUCUGCUUCUGUUAAUAGCAUUUUAAUUUAGUUUGGUGCAAACCAAAUAAAAUGAAUAGAUUGCUCUCAUAUGUAAUCAGAGAAUUGUCUCUUUAUUUUUAAUGUGCACCUGUAUAUUCUGAACACUUAAUUGCAUUUUUGAACCAUUUUAUAUGUUUUUCUAUUUUUGUCAUUAUACUUCUAUCGUAGAUAAACUGCCUUUGGAGCAAAGUGCACAUGUUGCCGAUUUCUUUUUGGGCAUUCUGUAUUGUUGAGAUCUUCUGUGUGAUUUUUGCUGCAAAGUUAUUGUGAUGAACUGAACACUAGUUCGAGGAAGAAUGGGGAGUGUGGUUAGAGAACUUUUCCUUUCAGGGUGAUAACUUACUUUGUUUUUUUUAAUGCCAUGCCAGUUUAACAAUGAAUUAAAGUGGCAUGUCUGAAACAAGUUGAAAAUAAUAUCUUGCAUUUUGUCCACUGUUUUGAAAAGCCAUGCAAGUUUUAAUCUAUUGUAUCCUUUGAAUCAUGCCUUCAAGUUUUACAAAAUUUUCAAUUAAAAUUUAUAAUCUGUCACAAGCCUUCUAGCUGCAGCUCCCUUCGACAGAUAAGCAGCCUCAUUAUCCCUGAGGAUCACUGAAACACCAUUGUCCUGUCCCCACUAUCUGUCAGUCCUAGGAAGGAUAUGCCUAUGUAGAGUACAGAUGUGGUAAUGCAACAUGCUAGAUUCUGUGUAAUGGUAAAACAUUUAUUAGUUUACUUUCCACAGCCCCAUUCUCCCAAGCAUCUUGUGGUAGCUGAUGUUUUGAUCAUUAAAUAGCAUAGCUUAUCCCAGUACACUGCUUGCCUAUUGAAUAAUUUGAAUUAAAGUAACUUCUGCCCCACGAUUUUGAAAGGGUCUUAGUAAAUGUUCCUAAUUAAGUUACAGUUUUAUCCAUUUUAGGUUCAUGGUGUAUAUUUUUGGUCAGAUCGUUUAUAUGAAAGUUUUAUAAGUCAAUGUUGAUGCAUAUAUUGUAAAAUCAAGAAAAUUCUAAGAUAAUUUUGUACAAAUCAAGAAGUUUCUAAAGCAAUAAUACCCUUGUAUUAUGUUUGGAUAAAAUAAAAUGUUUCCUUGUA